AUGGCGCCGGGCAUACUCGUCAACGGUAGUACGGAUACCAGCAAUGGUCUCAGCAGCCACCGCUCCUCUGGGAGGAAACUCAACCCUCAAGACGACCUGCGAUUUGACCCAAAGCUCAAGCCAAAGACGUAUCUCAUGGAAGGCACUCAGCCCGACUCCAAAGUGCUAUUCCUCGACGUAAACAUCCUCGACUCGACAGGAGCAGAUCCCUACCAUGGAGACGUCUACAUUGAGGGAGAACGAAUCGUCUUUGUUGGCACUGUUCCCAGGGUCGAAGAGCUCCGGAAUGACUCAAAGGUGCGGGUCAUCAAUGGCCGUGGGCGGACACUUAUGUCUGGCUUGGGAGACGCGCAUACGCACUUCACGUGGAACAACGGUGCUCUAGACAAGCUUGGCGAUGUCGGUGUGGAAGAGCAUACGCUCAUGACAGCGCGGUCUGCGCAAUGCUACCUCGAUUCUGGCUACACCAUGUGCUUUGGCGCGGCGUCAGCCAAGGACCGAUUGGACUGCGUCAUAAGAGACUAUAUCAACGCAGGGGAUAUUCCAGGGCCCAGGUAUCUUGCCAAUGGAAAAGAGAUGGCUGUUCGGAACGGGGAACUCGCGGCUGGAAUCACGACUUUCGCUGAUGGGCCACUUGAGAUGAGGGAAGUGAUUAGACACCACAAAGAUAUUGGAGUAGAUCAGGUCAAGCUUAGCAUGUCUGGUGAAGAGAUCACAGAAUCACGCUCAGCCCAAGACUCUUACUACAGCGACGCAGAAACUGCCGCCUGUGUCGAUGAGGCCCAUCGUCUAGGCCUCAGACUGUGUUCCCACGCCCGUGCUCGAGACUCGAUCAAGCAAUGCGUGAAGCACGGAGUGGACGUGAUAUAUCACGCCAGCUAUAUAGAUGACGAGGGCAUGGAGAUGCUGGAAAACAACAAACACAAGCACGUGGUGGCACCGGGAAUCAACUGGCUAUGGGCGACGGUAUAUGAGGCUGCUCCUUUCGGCUACUCUUUCGAGAAGGCGGAGCAGGUGGGAUACAUGAAAGAAUUGCAGACGGCAAUUAGGGGCCUCAAAGAGAUGCAUGAGAGGGGCAUUACCGUGUUGCCUGGUGGUGAUUAUGGCUUCGCCUGGACUCCUCACGGCACUUACGCUCGCGACUUGGAGCACUUUGUCAAGCUCCUGGAUUUCACAGCCAUGGAGUCCAUCAUCGCGGCCACAGCUGGUGUGGCAAAGCUGUUCAUGCGUGAAGACGAGUUGGGCAAGGUCAAACCUGGCUACUUUGCUGACGUCAUUUUGGUUGACGGCGAUCCAUUGAAAGAUAUUGCCGUUCUUCAAGAGCACGACAAGCUGAACGUGAUUAUGAUCAAUGGUAGAAUUCACAAAGCAUCACAUACAGAAUUUGUGAAGACAGGCCUAGGACCCGAGAUAAUGCCUCCAACGAUUGCGCCAAUGACUAAUUUUGUGGCCUACGAGGAUAGCCAGGGCCGAGCCAGGAUUGGUCAUCUCAGUCUGGACGAGUGUAGGAUAAAUCCAAUGGCCAUGGCAUCAGGUGCGCCAGUCAGCAGUCUGUACCAGGUCAUUGAGCUGGGGAACGAUGUGGUCCCUGCAGGCGAAGCUGUUACUCUGGAUUCAGUGAAAUUGUUACCACCCAUCAGCGGUCGAGACAUCCUUUGUGUUGGCAAAAACUAUGCUGCGCAUGCCUUAGAGUUCAACAAGAGCGGUUACGAUGCCAGCGACAAAGUCGACAAGCCGUCCCAUCCCGUCAUCUUCACCAAGCGAUCUACCAGUAUAGUGCCUUCGGAACACGACAUCUACCCACAUCCAGAUUUCACCCAGACUCUGGACUACGAGGGUGAAAUAGGAGUCAUCAUUGGCAAGCCUGGAUUUGCAAUCGACGAGAAGAACGCCAUGGAUCACGUCUGGGGAUACACGAUUAUCAACGACGUGACGGCUCGCGAGAAGCAACGAGAUCACAAGCAAUUCUAUCUUGGCAAAUCUGCUGAUACAUUUUGUCCGAUGGGCCCUAUUGCAGUACCUGCUGCCCAAUUACCAAAGAUCCUAAGGGUCCAGACUUACGUGAACGGGGAGAAACGUCAAGAUGGCACGACGGAGGAUCUCAUCUUCUCCGUCGCGCAAUUGGUGAAGACCCUCUCCGAAGGUAUCACUCUUCAACCUGGGGAUGUACUAGCAACAGGAACGCCAGCUGGUGUAGGCUUCGGCCAAGAUCCUCCAACAUUCCUCAAGGCCGGCGAUACAGUUGAUGUAACAGUCACCGGUCUCGGUAAACUCACCAAUCGCAUCGCUGACGCCAGCGUCUCCAACAAGACAAUCGACAGCGUCGCUCAAGUCUCCAGCAUUCCAAUGUACAAUCUCGACAUCAGCUGUGGCGGGGGGGGACUCACAAAGAUCAAUGAUAAAUUGAUAAAUGUUGUCGAAAUCGGCACUGGCACGGACCCGGUUAUCUACAUACACGGCCUCGGCGGCACUAUGGAAUUCUACCGACCUCUCAUCGAUGCAGCGCACCUCAAAGAAUCCCACAAAAACAUCCUUUACGACCUCGAAGGCCACGGCCUUACGCCCACCAAAGCAUCUUCACCGGUAACCAUGGACAGCUUAGUCGACGAUCUAGCCGGCAUAUUUGCAAGCCCAGAACUCAACAUCAAAUCCGCAACCCUAAUCUCGCACUCAAUGGGCGGCUUGAUAGCCAUGAACUUCGCCCUCAAGCACCCUUCUCUCGUGAAAAAGCUUAUCCUCAUCGGUCCCGGACCGUCUCCCCUCCCCGCCGCAGCGAGCGAAGCAACCUACAAGCGUGCUGCCGCGGUGCGAGACAAAGGCAUGAAAGCAUCUGGCGUUGCCGAGACUGUAGCGAACGCAGCCACAUCUGCCAAAACCAAGAACUCAAAGCCGUUGGCGCUAGGCGCGGUGCGAGCAUCCUUGCUAUCGCAAGAUCCAGAAGGAUACGCGAAAGGAUGUAUGGCCCUCGCCGGCACGGUAGGGACGGCGCUUGACAUUGAGAAGAUAGCGGUGCCGACGUUGAUAGUUGCGGGGGAUGAGGAUAAGAUAUCGAGUCUGGAGUGGGCGCGGAAGAUGGAAAAUAGGAUGCCGAACGCGAAGGUGAAGGUGCUGAAGGAGGUCGGGCAUUGGCACUGUUUCGAGGACCUAGACGGGGUGGCGAACGCGGUGAAGGAUUUCCUGUGA